UAUAUUUAUAUAUUGGAAAUUUACCUUAAUGGAAAAGAAUACCCGAAUUAGUCACUGAAUACAGCCAGUAAACUUGUAUAUAUAUAUGCUUCAUGAAGUGAUUUCUAAUUCAGAAACGUUAGACGUUCAGGUUAAACUUUCCGAAGGAUCAAUUCACUAUAAAACAAGAUGACGUCAUCAGGACAGGUGAUAGACGAUGAUAGAAUAUCUCGUAUAUCAGUUGCCAGCAACGCUGUAGCCGCUAUACCGAAGAAAGAUCUGACAGAAACUAAAAGUUUUGCGAGCCCACCACAAGCUGUAAAAGAUGUAUUGGAAGCUGUGAUGAUUUUACUAGGACACAAAGGGGCUGAUUUGGAAUGGAGAAAUAUACAAAAGGCGCUAGGGGGAUCAUCGUUUCUGAAGGUCAUAGGGGAUGUCGAUUAUGAUAAGAUUUCGCAAGAAACUCGUGCGAAGGCUAUGAAUAAAGUGUCUGAAUAUUCGCACGAAAGUAUUAUGAAAAACAGCAAGGCGGCGACAAUAUUUUAUGACUGGGUUAUAGCAGUAUCGAAAGAAUAAAGAAACUAUGAUUCAAACAUAAUAAAAAGAGGGGUCUACUCACGCUACUGAAGAAUUCAUGCACAUAUAUGUCCAGCCAACUUAAUUGAUUAUGCAUAAUGCCAUAAUUAACGUUAUAAUAAUCAUAACGUAAUU